AAGAAUACCACAUAUAGGUAGAUAUAGCGGACUCAUAUGGCAAAACUGGUUUAAAGUUUUUUGGAUGCACAAGUAGAGAUCAUACUUGGUGCAAAAUGAAGGCUAGCAAAAAGAUUGAGAAGCGACCAACCAAGAAACGAAUAAUCUCAUAAGCAAGCAUUAAUCAUAAUUAACACCGAAUAAUGCACCAUAAGUAGGAUAUAAUUUCAUGAGUAAAAUUCAUCGGUGGUACCUCAACUUGCGUCGCCCGGUCACUUUGGUCACUGUACACAAGAACCCACGCAAUACGGUCACUGUGUACGGUGAACAGUGAAAAUACGGUCAUUGUGCGCCGUAGACCGCGCGUAUGCCACAAAUUUGACCAGUCCACGGGCUCCACGUAGGCGGGUAGAGGAUUUAUGUUAAAGUGCCCAUUUGCGGGAGGGCGUUUUUGAAAAAAAAAACGUUUAGAUAGAAAUCCCCAAUUCUCCCCUCCAAAUCCCUAGUUCUCGCCGCCGCCGCGCCCAUCCUGCCCUCUCGCCGCCGCGCGCCCAUCCUGCCCUCGCCCCCGACGACGACUGCGCCAUGUCUUCUGCUAGUUCUGCCCGGUCUGGUCUCCGCGGCCGGACAGUGGUGGUGCCACUCAUCCCAUGUCCUCGCUGCCAGGCGACAGUGAGGUACUACGUUUCGAACACAGAGGAUCACGAGGGCUGGGUGUUCUACAGAUGUCCCAAUCACUCCGCUACUGGGUGUGAUUUCUGGUUUUGGGAGAUGGAAUAUGUUGCGUACCUAGUAGAUGCUCAUUUCUUGGUUGGGAACCAAGCUGUGGAUGCUGUUGGAGCAACAGAGGAGAGGAGGGAAGAACUCAUUAGGGCUAGUUAUGAAAGGAGAAGGAUUGCAACUCAAGUGGCAACUAGUAGAGCUGCUUUGGCAAGGCCUGGCUCUCUGCAGCAGAAUAUGAGCAAGCACCAAGAAAGUGCAUUGAUUGGAUUAGGUGCAGAGAUCUUGGUGCUGCUGAAGCUUCUGUUAGGUAGUGUGAUGCUGUUGUGUGCCCUCUGUGUUCUUCUAUUGAUGAAGAAGUGAGGACAAGUGCUCUCUGCAUUAGAAGAAGAAGAAGUGAUGAAGGAGUACUGUAGAAGAAGAAGAAGUGAUGAAGACAAGUGCUCAUUUUGGUAGUGGAGAAGUGAAGACCAGCUUCAGUAGUUUAGCAUGUUAAGUACUUUCACUAGUUUAAUGUUAGGAAAUGGCUAUGAAGUUAGCUUGGUUGUAUCAAAUGUUAUGGUUGUCAAGGCCAGAAAUGUAUGAAGUGAUCUAUCUAUCUAUCUUUAAUGGAAACAUUGUCUUUGUA